UCUGGGGGACUCGCCGCCCUGGGGCCACGCGGCCAUGGACUACGUAUGGUCUCUCGGUGAGGACCCCGUCGUGGAGCCCGCCGAGGACCGGUGUCGCCGAAUGCAAGGCCGGAACGACUUCGAGGGGAUCGACAACGACGGCCUUGACUUCGGGGACUUGGAGAACUUCAUCAUUGGCGACGGCACCAGCAGCGAUUAUUUCGAUGACACGACGCUGGUCGUGCACAAUGAGGAGGCACGCGGCCACGCGACCGCGCUGUCGGACCCGCAGGAGGAUGUGGCCCAACAACAGCAACAGCCGCAAGACUCGAAACCUCCCACCUUCGGCGUCUACGUCAUCCCACCACACAGUCUCCCGGAGAGCCCCCCGGACUCGGGGUCCGAGCCUCCGUACUCCCCGCAAGACCAUGGCGGGCAGUCUCCUCACCAGAGGCUGGGCGCCGCGCGGCCGCCGGGCCUGCAGGACAUGCUGAUGCACCCGGCGUCCUUCGUGGCGCAGCCCCUGGCGCAGUCGCUGGCGCAGCCCCUGCACAUCGCCGUGCCGCACGCCGUGGGCCACCUCGCCGAGGCCCUGCCCGGGCACACGCCCACGCUGCAGGUGCAGGGCGCCGGCGGGGAGACCAUCCUGGUGCAGCACUCCGUCGUGCUGGCCGCCAUGCCCGGCGUGGGCGGCGUGUUCCCGGUGCUCGGCGUCGGCCCGGCCGCCGUGCCCACCAGCCCCGUCCUCGCCACCAAGAAGAGGAAGCUGUCGCAGGACGGUCGCAUCCACGUCAAGACUGAGCCCGGCAUGGCAGAGCUGUCCCCAGACUCCUGCUCCAACCAGACGGGCGUGCUGGACGACGACUUCGGCAUGGACUGCUCCGGGGAGAUGUACGGCCUGGAGUCCAGCCUGCAGUGCAUCCGCUUCAGCCCCUUCCAGCCCACGGACUGGCACGCGCUGUGCGACCAGAAGUUCAUCGAGCUACCACCGCCAAAGUACCAAGUGGUCGCGGACAAAGGCUUCAACUUCUCGAACGCCGACGACGCGUUCGUGUGCCAGAAGAAGAACCACUUCCAGAUCACUUGCCACGUGAAGCUGCUCGGCGACGCGCAGUUCGUGAAGACGGCCGAGGGCUUCAAGAAGAUCCUGUCCUGGCAGCUGCACUUCUACGGCGCCAAGACGGAGGCCACGGCGCAGACCAUCAAGGUGGAGCAGAGCCAGAGCGACCGGUCCAAGAAGGCGUUCCACCCAGUGCAGCUGGAGCUGCGCGUGGACGAGCCCGUCAAGAAGACGGUGGGCCGUCUGCACUUCAGCGAGACGACCUCCAACAACAUGCGCAAGAAGGGCAAGCCCAACCCCGACCAGCGCUACUUCUACCUCGUGGUGGGGCUGCACGCCCACUGCACCGACGACCUGGACUACCCCAUCGUGUCGCACAACUCGGAGCGGAUCAUCGUCAGGGCGUCGAACCCGGGCCAGUUCGAAAGCGACGCGGAGCUGUGCUGGCAGAAGGGCUCCGUCUCGGACUCUAUCUACCACACGGGCCGGUGCGGCAUCAACACGGACCGGCCCGAGGAGGCGCUCACCGUGCACGGCAACCUGCGGCUCACCGGCCACCUCAUCCAGCCCAGCGACAGCCGCGCCAAGGAGGCCAUCCGGGAGUGCGACACGCGGGAGCAGCUCCGCAACGUGCAGCAGAUCCGCGUGGUGCAGUACCGCUACACGGAGGAUUUCGCGCGCCACGCCGGCCUGGGCGCGGGCGUGAGCACGGGCGUCAUCGCGCAGGAGGUGCAGCACGUCCUGCCCGAGGCCGUGAGCACGGCCGGCGACGUGGUGCUGGACAACGGGACCAAGCUGGACAACUUCCUCGUCGUGAACCGGGACCGGCUGUUCAUGGAGAACGUGGGCGCCGUCAAGGAGCUCUGCAAGGUGACGGACAACCUGGAGACGCGCAUCGACGAGCUGGAGCGGAUGAACCGCCGCCUGACCAACCUGAAGCGCCUGGAGAGGCUGGACAGCCUCAAGUCCGUGUCGUCCAGCGUGGCGCUGCGCAGCCGCAAGGGAGGCCCCUUCGCGUCGCUGGCGGACGGCACCAUGUGCUCCAACAAGUUCAUCCAGAUCAUCAUCGUCAUCCUGGUGCUCAUCAUGGCCUUCUGCCUGGUCGCCAUGGCCACGCUGUACUUCCUGGAGUUCCAGCGGCGCGGCGACAACUACGACGGCCCCACCGUCCGGCAGUCCGUGGUGCACGCCCAGGCGCAGGCCGCGCUGGAGACGACGUCGCGGCCGUCCAAGAUGCGCCACAAGUCCGGGGCCGCGCCCAACAAGAAGAACGCCACCAUGGCGCCCAACGUCAAGCUGUCCAAGGCGGACCGCGACGAUCUCAAGGGCGGCCGGCAGGGGGGGCGCAUGGAGAAGACGGUGGCGCCCCCCCUGCCCACCACCGCCGCGCCACCCUCCUCCACGUCGCCCAGGCGCGCCGCGGACGAGCUCAACAACCUGUUCCCGGACGACGAGGCCGGCGGGCAGGACGCGCCGCGCAUGGCCGUGGCAGUGCUGGGCUCCUCGCUGAACCGCACCCUGGGCCCCGAGCUGUGCGACCACACCGCCCCCGCCGCGGAGCUGGACGCGUGCAGGGGCCACACGGCGGGGCCGCACGGCAACUACUCGUACCUGGUGUACAUCAGCCGCUACCUGGCCGACCCGGGGCUGCAGCUCCAGUUCAGCUUCUCGCGGCCCUGGCGGAGGCCCGAGCUGUGCAGCUCGACGGCAGCCUCGCCGUGCCCCAGCCGGAACAAGGCGCCCGCCGUGGACGCGGUGGGCGCCAUCCAGCCGUCCGGCAGCCCCGCCGACGGCACGGCCAAGCAGCACCUGUCCCGGGGGGCGGGCGCCGAGGCGGGCGGCGACGCUGGGGGCGGCGCGAGGGGCGGGGCCGCCGAGCAGUACGUCCACACGGUCGGCAUCGACCGCCACAUCACAACCACGGCCAUCUUCAGGGUGCCGGUGUCUGAGGCGUCAGGGGACCUGUGCGAUCUACCGGCCAAGAGCCUGGGAAGCGAUUUCCUGGAGUACCGGAUCCAGUUCAUGCGUCGCUGCGACGGCUAGACUCUGGCCGCUAGACGACGCGCGGGGCCGGCCCAACCCGUCGAGCCUCUUUGUGAUACUUUGUCAACGCUGCAUUUAGUGCUGCAUUUUAGUCAUUUUAGGUGAUAUUUGACCGGCCGCACCGCCCGCGCGGCACGCUCGCUGAGCGAAAGGACCUUCUUGGCGUGUCGCACGUUGGCGCGGUGCGGUGCGACUGGGUGCGAUCAACUUAGAAAAUGUUGCACAAAAUCUCAACUUCUUUUCUGUUAUGUGGCUGUGUUUAAUUUUCCUUAUCUUUUUUAAGUUUUCUUUCAAAACUUUGUAGUCUUUUUGUUUUGUAAACGUUUUAUUUGUUAGCCUGAAAGAAGAAGGGUCCUCGCUUUUGCAGGGUUUUUGAUGACCAAAUACUAUUGCAAGAUAAGGUGUAAGGAACCAAGUCGCGCGUUUGUGAAAUAUUGGCGUAUGCCUAAGUGAUUUAAAGUUUAUUCUAUACUCUUUAUUGUAUGUAUAUAAAGCUCAUUUGCUUGCAUUUAUUUUAUUCUCGACACAUUGUAACUAGAAAAGUGCCUUCCUCGUUAAAAGUUGCAUUUUGUAAAUAAUAUAUGUAUUUGUGAUUGUAAGAUUCGUGUAAAAGUUACGCAGUAAUGAUAGGACUUACUUAAUGACCUGAUGGUACAAGUAACUAUGACCCUCGCCGCGUGCGACGUAGAAGCAUUCUGCCCCGAUAGGUUCAGCUUUGCGAGGGCCUUGUAGCUCAAGUUUUAGUUUAGGUUUUAGCUGAAAUCGUCACCCGGUUCCUUGCCCGCAGCAGCUGGUGACACUGGUGACGGGACGCGCGGUUCCCGAACCUUGUCCGAGGUCCUUGCGUUAUUUUUUUAAUCCUCUUCCGAGUGGCGCGGCAGAGGCGCCCUCUGCGGGGACAUUCAGACUUUGAGAUAGUUAGAAGGAAGCCGGGCAACGUUUGCGAGGCGUGCUCGCUAGUGUCGGCGCGCGGCGGGGAGAGCGUCACCUCCAUGACUGGGCUGUCCAUGACACGCCCCGCUGCAGCCAGCGAGCGCUGCAGCCAUUCCAUUUUCUUAUUUUUUCACAUCCCUGUAAUUUGUUUUAAGCGCAAAUACCACAGCAUCAUUCUCACUUUGAAAUUAUUCCUUUUAAGUGCCGAGUACUUAAUGGAGUUCGUCACGACUUGGCGCAGACACAAUGUAAAAAGUGGAGGCAAAACACUUAAAUGUGUGUACUUUUGCCCCGCGUGCGACGUGCGAGCGGUAGUGGUUGUAAUCAUGAUUGUAUUUCCUGUGCAAUAAUUGUAAUAAGUGUAGAGGUGCGAAUCAGGAUUAGUUAUGUUUUGUUUUGAUUUCUAUGUCUGCAUUUUAAUGGGCGUGGGUUCAUUUCCCUGUGGGCCCCGCUACAUAAAAAUAAUUCCUGUUACUGUUGUUAAAUUUUUAUCAUUGUGAGGAUGAGUCUCUUUUCUCUCUCUCUCUCUAAUUUUGUUCUUUAGCUUUUGUGUGUACAUUAUAUCCUAGACAAAGGCAAUCCUAGUCAUUUGCUAAUCGCCACAAACCUUUCAAAUUAUUUUAUGUGAGUUAGGACUUCAGUCAAUAUGAAAAGGAGACCUUCGAAACAGUUCUGCCCAAUUUAUUCAGUUAAAAAUAGCGGUUUCAUCAGGAAUCAAAUUAUUUCCGAUUUGAAACGAAAUGAAUUGUUUGGAGAGUAAGGUUGAGGUGGAAUGUGCAGAGGUCUCUAGUUCCUGUGUUGCCAGUAGGAGUGGUGUUAGACAUCUCAAUGUAUUAAUCUGCUUGUCAGUACACGGUCUAAAUGGUUUUGUUGUAAAUCUACUGUAAAUAUAGUUUGUAAGACGACGUCCAGCUCAGUAGACGUUAACUCAUUUUGAAAAGACAUUUUAUGUGAAAUAACCUGUUGUGAAUUUGGAGACGUGCUUUUCCGUGCAUUUGCGGAUGGUCUCGUUCACUCUAGCGGCACGUUCCGAAAAGAGCUUCGGCACGCUUUCUACCUAGAAACGACCAGUAUCAGAAAACAUAAUCAAAACUUCUAUGUCAUGAAUUUAUUGUUUGUUGUAUUUUUUCGCACUGUACGUUCACGCUCGUUAAGAGAUUACUCAGAGAUCCAUAUUGUAAUUACUCUAGACAUUAAGAAAUAUUACGCGUACUUGCCACACCGUUAACAAGAUUUUAUGGCAAUGCGAUCAACUACGUGGGAACCAAUUUAGCGAUUUGUACAAAACGUGUGGAAUGACAGUGAGAAUAUGAAAACCAGCCGGGAAGUCA